AAAUUUAGCUGAGAAUGUCUUUAGCUGAAUUUGAGAAUUGGGCUCCUAAUGCCCCGAUAGUAAUGGAAACCAGUAGUCACAGUGUGACUCUGACGUGGUCUCCAGGAGAAUAUAGGUAUCUCCAGAACCAUCUCGUGUAUACAGUGCAGAGGAAGGAGAAGAUGCCACCCUGGGUUACUGUAUAUAGCGGCGGGAAAACAUUGAAAGCAAUUGAGAACCUGGCCCCCACACAGCCUCACAAAUUCCGCCUCAAGAUCGCUUUCAAACGUAGAGCAGCGAAUAAUCCAAAGAUGAAUGAUCAGCCUACAGAUAAUUCACAGAUCGACGCGACGUUACGGGAAAAUAAAGGCACGAAUAAGGUUAUACAGUCACUGUGGUCUGAAGAGACCUGGGCAAAUACUGCUAGUGAUGGCACUACAGUUGCUUGUCUGUGUAUGGCGGUCCGUUGCGGGUAUGGCCAACAGGUGCAGCAGAUGCUAGAAGAACGCCCAAUCCUUCUGUCUGUCAUUAACGCUGCGACAGGCCUAACACCGCUUGCAACUGCUGUUAUAAAGGGUGAUACCAAUAUGGUGGGUAUUCUGAUAGCCCGAGGGGCAGACUUGGAGCAGCGUUCAAGUGUCGAGCGUACACCACUACAACUAGCCGUUUUAUCUGGACACUGCUUACUUGUAGAACUACUUUUAGAUCAUGGCGCUGAUAUACAGUCUCGAGAUAUAAACCACCUAGGCGUGGAGCACCUUGCAGUCGACUCUGGUGAUCUAGAAACCCUAAGGUUUGUGCUGGACCGAGGAGACCACGAUGUCACGGAUAGUAAUGGAUGGACACCGCUAUUCAGAGCUAUUUGUCAAGGAGCAAGCACGAGUGUUAUAGAGGAGUUAGUCAAACGUGGUAGUCGUUUGGAGGUGACUGACCGUGCUGGUCUUACUCUAAUUUCUGCAGCCAGACUUCUCACUGACAAACAUGGUAGGCGACGUGCCUCGGUUUUGCGACUGGUGGACUCACAGUUUCAGCACGAGAAGGUGGUGGCCAGCUUCACUCGGGUCACCAAGAAGAUUUCCAGUGUUCAAGCACUGCGUACUACUAAGUAAUGCAAUAGUUUAUAACAAUCGUUUUAUUAUAUAUACCA